AUGUCCAACUGGGCGCGUCUGCGCGCGGAGAUGCGCGACGACGCGACGGCGUCGACGUCGACGAUGCGGUCGCCGACCGCGGAGCGGACGAAUGCGGGGAAGAAGCGGCGUCGACGCGACGGGAAGGCGACGGAUGAUUGGCGCUCGGGACGCACAGAGAAAAACGAGAGGAAAACCGACGCGACGACGACGAUGGAGGGGCCGACGGCGGACACGUUCGCGUACGAGACGCGCGAGGGGUUGUUAGACGUCGGUGAGCGGCCGAGAGGGGACGAGCGGGCGAUGGAGACGGCGCGAGCCGAGCGCGCGGGCGGAGAGGCGGCGUCGCGAACGAGCGCGGGACGGGAGGCGGUUCGUCUGCGCGUCGUCUCGAGAUUGUGCGCGCAGUUCGAGCGCGAGUGCGGAGCGGUCAUUGGGAAGCGGUGGUGCUCUUCGUUUGAGGAGUGGUUGACGACUUGGAAAGAAGAACCGCUCGUGCCCAAGGAGGCUCGAUGUCGGUUGUUUCUCGAGAAACAGUUGAGAAAGUGUGGUGCAGAGGAGGAAGCGGUGGAAAAGGCGUGCGACGCGAUGAUGAGGUUCGCUCGAGAUGCGUAUGACGAGAUGGUCGCGACCCGUGACGUCGUAGGUCUAGCGGAGGUGCGAACACGGGUUGACAAGGACGUCGUGACGCUUAGUGUCGGUAAAUCCGACGUGCGAGUGAAUGCAGAGCAUUUGGAGAAACUCAAGGAGAUGUAUAGAAUCGCAAACGGCGACAGGUUCACCGAGAAGGUAUUUAUGGCUGAUGUAUACACAAUGGUGGCGCGUUACGACGCGGCGCAAGGGGGGCAGUACCGUUUUGCGGGCGGACACCACACGGCGCUCCACGGAGAGGUGUUCGAUGUACUACGCGACGCCUUCUUCGUGUCGUGCGAGCUCUUCGCAUCGCCGCUUAACGCUCGCUGGCCGACGUUUUGUAGCGCUCAUAUUGAUGUCGAUUACGCGUUCGGUUCGUUAGGAAGCUACAGAGAUUUCAGGCCGAGUCACGGAAGUUAUGAGGUCAACCCACCUUUCGAUGAAGAACUGGUCGGCGACAUGUCCAACCAUCUCUUCGAACUUCUACAGAACGCGACCGGUGCGUUGACGUUUGUCGUCAUCACCCCUUACUGGCUCAAUCGACCGUGUUGGGAAGACAUGCGACGGUCGAAAUUUUGCACGCGCUGCGAGGUAUUGAGUGUACGCGAAGCGGGGUACUUUGAAGGAGCGCAGCACAGAAAAAAAUCUCGAUUUCGAUUCGCGACGAGCGACACGAGCGUUCUUUUCCUGCAAAACGAACCUGCGAAAAUAGAGCACGCAAUCACGCGAGCGAAGAUCGACGCGCUCCGCGGGGCCUUUCGUCCCAAGGCGGACGCUAGGAAAAAGUAG